UCGGCAGCCCAGCGCAAGGCGUGCUGGGCUGCUCGUGAUGAGUAUCAGCAGUGCCUGGAGAAGAACGGCGAGGGUGCGACUCAGUGCGAGGACCUGCGCAAGAGCUUUGUAGCUGCUUGCCCCGAGGCAUGGGUCAAACACUUUGAGCGGAGGCGAAUCUAUGCCCGCUUCAAGCAACGGCUC